AUGGUGGAAGAAUUAGACUUUGAAAACCUACAAUAUUUGGAUAUGGUCAUAAAAGAAAGUUGUAGGCUCCAUCCAGUUGCUCCAUUACUUAUUCCUCAUGAGUCCAUUGAGGAUUGCGUAAUUGAUGGUUUUCAUAUACCUAAAGGAUCUCGACUUUUGGUCAAUGUUUGGGCAAUAGGGAGAGAUUCGGACACUUGGCUUGAGCCAGAAAAGUUCAAACCUGAGAGGUUUCAAGGAAGCAACAUUGAUCUUGGAGGACAAAAUUUUCAACUUUUACCAUUUGGCUCUGGCAGAAGAAGCUGCCCUGGUUUGCAGCUUGGACUUACCAUCGUUCGUUUGGUGGUUGCACAAUUGAUUCACUGCUUUGAUUGGGAGCUACCAAAUGGCAUGCUGCCAGAACAUAUUGACAUGACUGAAAAAUUUGGUUUAGUAACAGCUAGAGCUCAGCAUCUAAUGGCAAUUCCUACUUAUCGACUGCAUAUGAAGUAA